AUAUGCAUCAUGAGUCUUGUACUAAGAGCUAACAUAGUUGUACCUUGUACACUUAAAGUGACUGUUGUGACUAGAAAUUCCCAGUGUACUUGGCGCAUUUUCUAAUUAUGUCCGUUUCUCUGUCUUUUUUCUCUCCUUUCUCUCCAUUAUUGCUGCCCAGUGUAACCUUUGAGCAAUUUCCUCUCUUUUUGUUGUUUCCUCUGUUUUCAUUCAUCCACUCAAUGGCCUUUGAGUUUCCUUUCAUAAGCAUCUCAGUUUUUCUGGGAAGAUUUUAUACCCCUUUUGUUUGUGUACUCUAUCCAAAGUUCCAAUCAAAGGAAAUUCACUGGUUUUUAGUGGGUUUUAUGUGUUUUUAUUGUUUGGUUUAUGGGGUCUCCCGAUGGAACAUAAUACAAGCUGAAAGGUGGUUUGAUAUUCUAAUCUAAGUGAAGAUGGCCAUGUCACUCGAGGACCUCCUUGCAAAGGAAGGAUUUAAUAGGAGGAUGUCAAAAACAGUGCCUAGAGCUUCAAAGGCAAGAAGUGGACCUAUUUAUCCACUUCAAGAACCUCAUAAACCUGUGUCUUCAUCAGGCACAAGAAAAAUCUAGAGACAAAAUUUGCUAUCCCGUGGCAUGACUUGAAAGAUAAGACCCCAAGUGUCAAUUUUGCAGACAGGAGGCAAAAGAAGGAAAGUAAGCACAGGAUGGGCUCGUGCGAUCUAUCAUCGGAUGUUAAGAGAAUAAGCAUUAGUUCUUUUGAUGAAUUGCUCGCUGCUGAUGCUUCUCAAAGCAAUGAGAUAGUUGAGGUUGGAGAGCAAAGUGGUUCGAGAUACAAUCAUAUAUACUCGGAUCAAACUUACAGAAAUGGGAGUGGUGAAGGCAGGUCUUCUAGCAGAAGUGAGGAAGCAGAAGGAAAGCGACAAUCCUUCGGAAAAGAUACAAAAGCAACAACAAAAUGUCUCAAUAAUUCUGGUAAACUUCUUUCAGGACAUCCAAGCUUUAGAGAUGAUUAUCAGAAACAUAUUGAACAGCCUGAGACCUCCUACAGCACAUCAACCAGAAGUUCGUUAACCAACAAAAGUUAUGGUGCAGCUGGAAGCCUAAGGAAAGCCGAGAUUGAGCGCACUGCGGCUGUUCCUGCUCUUGAUGAAGUUGUUGUUCACGCUGUAAUCUCUAUCUUGACUGGAUAUAUAAAACGUUUUCUCAUAGAUGGAGAUUUUAGGACAUCACUUUGUCACAAUAUUUUUGCGUCCCUAUAUUUUGUUGGAUUAGAAGAAGGCCUAAAUACUGAAAGCAAGGUCCUAGCUACUCUUGAACAAGCUAUAGGAACAGUUCAAAGAGCUGCAGAGGAUUGCGCGAAUGAAAAAGAGCUUAAGAAAACCUCACUUCAGCUUAGUGUAAUAACGGGGUUGAACUCAAACGAUUUACGAGAUGGGUUUACAUCUGGUAUUCCUAAUUUUAAAUUGGCAGCUUGUGCUCAUCUGUAUCUCAGUGUCAUAUAUAAGAUACAGAAGAAGGAUCGUAUAGCUGCAAAGCACUUACUGCAAGUUUUCUGUGAUUCACCUUUUUAGGUUUGUUGCCAGGAUUUGUGGGAUCACAUUUUUCUUCCUCAUCUUUCACAUUUGAAGGUCUGGUAUGAUUCAGAAGCUAAUUUUCUUGGUGAUCUAUAUCAUAAGUCAAGGAAGCUGAAGUUUCUUGAAAAAAUGUACUAUGAAAAUCUGGACAAAGGCGCUUUUCAGUUUGCACUUUACUACAAGGAAUGGCUAACUGAAGGGGCUGAGAUUCCGUUAUUUCCUUCUAUUGAAAUUCCUUCUGUAUCUGUUCAGUGUGAAGGUUCCUUUAGCAACUCUUACCACUUAAAUAGUACAUUUGGCGGUUUCUCACCUCAGCCAGUUGUCAGCAAAAAGUUGUAUGAUGAAGUAUUCCGUCAUUCACAUAAGCUAGAAAAUGAGUCAGAGGAGCACCGGAAAGAAAGCUAUGAAAUUAGUGUGAGGAGGCCUUCUAGUUUUGCUGCCGAAAACCUGGUAGUGCCAUACUCUGCGGAAGUGAUUUAGUGUAUAGAUCAAGAUGUUGAGCCUUGUGCUACAGUUGAUUCAGUAAGUGUGGAAUACAUAACUUUAGUGAAUUAUAUACAUGUUUUUCCAAAAUAAAGUUGGAAUACAGAAGGAGACCGAGGAGUCUAUCCUCCGUGCUCCUCCUCCUCUACUUCUA